CUAAGACAACUCUUCCGAAUGUUUAGCGCUUCUUCUAGUGCCAAUUUUGACUUGACUGGCAGCACUUCUAAAAAACUUGACGAGCAAAGGGAAAUCAGAGAACUUCUUCACAACUUUGAUCCUCCAAUGUCUAUAUCAACUAGACGACAACGUCGACAAGCAUUUAAAGAAAAACUGCAACAAGGAAUUCUACGUCCUGGUGAUACUGAUGUCUCAUUCGAAAGUUUUCCAUAUUACCUAAGUGAUACAACAAAGAAGGUUUUGAUUGCAUCCACCCUCCCGAAUUUGAGGUGUAGCAAGUUUGGAAAAUAUUUUUCAUCACUACCUACCGGGAGCCCGCGCAUAUUGUUAUCUGGUCCAGCAGGUUCUGAGAUAUAUCAGGAAACCUUGGCAAAGGCACUCGCGAAACAUUUUGAUGCUAGAUUACUAAUUGUAGAUUCUCUUCUCCGGCAUGGUGUUGAUGAAAGUGUUUCCACUCAUGCAAUGCGUGAACUUCUUGAGGUACUCAUCUCCUUGUGUGGUUCUGGAGGUGAUGAUAUUGGCAAUCUUGCAAUCGGUGAACUUCUUGAGGUGGCAACCAAUAUCUGCACCAAUGUUGUGCAGGCGGCAACCAAUGAGAGUAAAAGUCUUCCUUUGAUAGUGUUUUUGAAAGAUAUAGAAUCGGUUAUGGUAGGUAACCCAGAUGCAUAUAGUGUCUUGAAGAGUAAGCUUGAAAACUUGCCAGAGAAUGUUGUUGUGAUCGGCUCUCAUACCCAGUUGGACAAUCGCAAGGACAAGGAUAACCUUGGGGGUAGGCUGCAUGACAGGAGCAAAGAAACUCCUAAAACUAUGAAGCAAGUUCAACUCUCUCGGAUUUUCCCCAACAAAGUGACCAUGCCCCAGGAUGAGGCUUUACUUUCGGACUGGAAGCAGCAGUUUGAACGUGAUGUUGAAACUUUGAAAUCGAAGUUUUAUAUUGUUGCCAUUCACUCAGUUCUUAACCGAGUUUCUGUGGAUUGCCCUGACCUUGAAAGUCUGUGCAUUAAAGAUCUAGUGCUUACAACUGAAAGUGUUGACAAAGUAGUAGGCUGGGCUGUUAGUCACCAUCUUAUGCAUUGUUCAGACGCUUUAGUUAAAGAUGACAAACUUGUUAUUUCUACUGAAAGUCUUAGGGAUGGACUAAACAUUCUACAAGGCAUUCAAAACGAAAACAAGAGCAUAAAGAAAUCACUUAAGGAUGUGGUUACUGGAAAUGAAUUUGAGAAAAAACUUCUUGCUGAUGUUAUUCCACCGAGCGAUAUUGGGGUUAGUUUUGAUGACAUCGGGGCCUUGGAAAAUGUGAAGGACACCCUAAAGGAGUUGGUGAUGCUUCCACUUCAGAGGCCUGAAUUAUUUACCAAGGGACAGUUGAAUAAGCCUUGUAAAGGAAUCUUGCUAUUUGGUCCCCCGGGUACUGGAAAGACUAUGCUUGCGAAGGCUGUUGCAACUGAAGCUGGUGCAAACUUUAUUAACAUAUCAAUGUCAAGUAUUACUUCAGAGUGGUUUGGGGAAGGAGAGAAGUACGUUAAAGCGGUGUUCUCCUUAGCUAGUAAAAUUGCCCCUAGUGUUGUUUUUGUUGAUGAGGUGGACAGCAUGUUAGGCAGACGUGAAAAUCCUGGGGAACAUGAGGCUAUGCGUAAAAUGAAAAAUGAGUUCAUGGUUAACUGGGAUGGUCUGCGUACAAAGGAUAAAGAACGUGUAUUGGUACUUGCUGCUACUAAUAGGCCUUUUGACCUUGAUGAGGCUGUUAUUAGGAGGCUUCCGAGGAGAUUGAUGGUGAACUUGCCAGAUGCCCAGAACAGAGAAAAAAUACUGAGAGUUGUAUUGGCCAAAGAAGAUUUGGAAACUGACGUUGAUUUGGAGGCAGUUGCAAAUAUGACAGAUGGGUAUUCCGGAAGUGACUUAAAGAAUCUGUGUGUUGCUGCAGCUCACCUCCCCAUUAGGGAAAUUUUAGAGAAGGAGAAAAAGGAGAGAAGUUUAGCUUUGGCGGAGAACAGACCUGUACCGGAGUUGUACUGCAGCACCGACAUUCGUCCUUUGAAGAUGGAGGACUUCAAACAUGCGCAUGAGCAGGUGUAUGCAAGUGUGUCUUCGGAGUCGACAAACAUGAGUGAGCUCCUCCAAUGGAAUGACCUAUACGGCGAAGGCAGAUCAAGAAAGAAGACGUCUCUCAGCUAUUUUAUAUAG